GGCGACAGGCGACCGUCCGCAACUCGACUCCAUCGGACAGCAAAACAUCACGCUCGUCCGACUGUGAGUGACUGUUUACCGCCGGUAGCUGCUUGUAUUAUAUAUUCACCUCAUCCCCCUUCUGCCCCCCUUCACGCCGUCGGUUUUGACCAUGCCUUCGAACAUCGAGAUCGCCUCCUCGUUCGUGGAGGGCGCCCCUCCUGGUGAGCUCAAUGAUGUUGUUGCAGAUAUAAAAGCUCUCACAUCCGACGGCCCCGAUAUUAUUAAUUCCCUUGAGCCUGCUUUCCGGUCAUAUAACGAGACGCAGCUGACGACAACGAAGCUGGCAGGCAGCAGUCAGGAGGUUAUCGUGAGCUCUUAUAACAGAUUGGAAGACGGUCGGUAUUAUGACGUUGAAAGCCAGACGGCAUUCGAAUUCGACCACGUUUCUCAGAUAGCUUCUGCUCCAAAAUCUCAUCCGCUCGAGUCGCAAAAUUCAGAUCUCAUCAAAUCCCUCCUGAAAUCCCUGUCAUCACAUACCCGGGAACAUUUCGUUAGUUGCUCCUACGGCGUCUACCCUACAGAUAACGAUUCGUCCGUGACCAUACUCCUGGUUGCUAAUAAAUACUCGCCUAACAACUUCUGGAACGGCCGCUACCGGACAAUUUACCACGUCCCCAUUUCUUCGCCGACCACCAUUACCGGAAAAAUCCACGUAGAUGUCCAUUAUUACGAGGAUGGAAAUGUGUCCCUUAAUAACACAAAACCGGUCUCAAUUCCAAUACAGUCCACCUCGGCGGAGACGAUCGUUAGACGGAUCGCCGCGGCCGAGAGAGAGCAUCAGCAAGAAUUGAACGAAGCGUUUGGGAGACUUGCGGAGGGCGCGUUUAAGGGCUUACGCCGGCAACUGCCGAUAACAAGACAGAAGGUUGAAUGGGAGAAGGUCGGUGGGUACAGGCUCGGCCAGGAUAUCGCUGGUGGGAGAGGGCAGUAAAACCAUGCCUAGUGACGAGGGAAGUCCACUGUAUGUUCUGUCUGAGCCCAUGAUGCAUAGAAGCGCUUAGAGACUCAUAUUGAUUGUAAAUGUGCUCCUCGGCUGUCGACAAGAAAAUCACCUGCCCUGGGGUAAUCCUGAUUCGCCAGUUCAGCCAACCGGGGGUGGGAUGCGCGCAACCCUAUGUUACCACGUAAAAAGACGUCAAGGGUCGCCAAGUUACCAUGGACAUAUAUUUAUAUAUUCCAUAACACAUAUACAGUCAGUUAGACAUGGUGCUCUGAUGAUUUCAAAUAUCCAUGCCUCAAGUAGGAGCCAGUCCCUCCGAGAUUACAUUAUGAUUCCGUAAGAAUGCUUCGGUCCGACCAAAAGUUGCAUUCCUCUUCACACCAUUUAAUAUCGCCCAUCUGAGCCGCAACGCCAACAUGCCCUCCUCCGGCUCGCUCAUCGUUUCCAUCCCCAAACACCAUCACGCUCCUUGCACUCUUCAUUCGGAAUCGGUCCCACCUCGGCCUGUCAGCGUACUCGCCCUUGAUAUGGUUCGGAUCACCUUUCGUGAUGAACGACGUAAUAUAUGCGUGGAUAAAUCCAGCUAUCGUCUCCUGUGUCUUGGAGAACUGGCGUGCGCUGCGACCGUAAACUUCAUAUUCACCCUGGUCACCGUGGCUGGCGCCCCCUUUGACAGUUUUGUUUAACGCCCAGUGGUAUAAAUAUACAGGUUCCCUCUGGCCCUCGGAAGCCAGGUGUGCCGUUUGUCUAACGGGACAGACAUAUGCGAAUUGUCCGUAAGCGGCCGUUAUACGUUUGUAUUGCGGGCCGACGUUUAUCUGGCGAUGUUCAACGUAGGGAGAUUCGGGGUCUUUUAGUGGAUCUGGGUAAAUCUUGUUGAGUAGUCUGAGGUCUGAAGGGGGCAAGGGUGGGAUCAGGGCACGGAAGAAAUCAUCGAAUUCUUCUGAUGUUGCGAUGUUAGAGGGCACAAAUGGAGCACCUUCGUUUGUGUUGAACCCCGUGAGAAUUGGGAUUUUAUUCCAUACCCCGGAUUUCCAGUUUUUGAUGGGUGCUUUGUCGAUGAUUUCUCCGUCGAUGACGGGUUGAAAGGCCCAUCGAUCGGAGGGAUUGUAGCGGUUGAAUAUCCUCUCCGAGGCACGAGCAAUAUCAAGUACCGGUUUGCUCCUGAGACAAGGCAUCACCUUGUCAUCCGAAAUGUUGGAGCAUUUAGCUUCCAAGAGGAAUUCUUCGAAUUGCCUUUUAUGUAGUGGGUUAUUAGGGGGAUAAACGGCCCGAGCGGUGGUUGCGCCGGAAUCGAUUAUUG